AAAAAGCCUCACAUUUUCUAAAAAAAAAAAAACAACAACAACAGCCAUUACACACAAUGCCUCCGCCUGUCACUUGUGAGGAUGAACAAGCAUUUUUGGAUAGACAUUAUGAGACAUUGAAGCAUGUCUCAGAGUUGCCAAGUCGAAAAGGAACCGGUGCAACAACUACUCGACCAGGCGUUGUAGGACCCAUCGGCGUCUCAGAGAUUGAUCUCAUACGUCCAGGUGAUGGUAAUAAACUUAGGGAUGCUAGCAUGGAUAAGCCAGCCAAGCUAUCAACAAGUCCUAUUCUAUCAACAGCAGCUUCAGGCAACUCAAACGGGGUUGUCAAUUUAACAUCAGGAACUAGCGGAUCGUCUGUUUCACCUUCUGCAGCUGCCACUACCACCACAUCAUCUUUGUCACCUGUUGAUGCAGCAAACGGAGCUGGACAACCAGGAACGCCCGGUGGCCCCUCUCAUGAAGUAUUGGCUAACUUUUUUCAAUCGCUGUUAUCUAAAAAGGCCUCUACAGGUGGUUCAUCACCUACUUCACUCUUAGGCGCGCGUGAUGGUGAUCAGUUAACAAAUAACGCAGCACCGUCAGGAACAGGAAGGCGGCCCACAGUGAGUAGAAAAGAUGUCCAUAAAGAAUUAGACCGCAUGAGACAGUUCAUUAGCAAACCUUAACUUAAUAAUAAAUACAUCUCUAUUCUUCCCUUUCUCUUUCUUUCUCUUUCUGCAUAUAGCCGGAAAGAGGUAUAAAAAAAAAAAGCGAUUCACAAUGAUACGGCAAAAUAAUCACACUGCUAAAAUGCAAUUCUACCUAUGUGAUGUGGUAAGACGUGAGUUAAAUGAGCUGGACCGUUCGGAAGUAGAAAUCAACAGGCCAUUCAACUUUUGACGAAAAGAUUGGAAAGGCUCCGUUUAUUCAGCCGUUAACUCAUGAGAGUUAUUCAAAUGAGC